AUGGCCGGAUCGCGGCCACACAGUCGUACUCCUUCCCAGACUCGCAGGCCUGCUGGAGAUGGGGAAGAUUCUGUUCUCGGCGCGGUGCUUGACACGCGCCAGCUGGAAGCCUUUGGUCGAAAGGUGACAGCGACCGCGAGCCAUCUCAUGGGCGACAAUUCUACCGCUCACUACCCUGCCGCCAUGAACACUAUCUCCCGGCAAAUGCGACGCCCGGGCAUUCAGAGAGCUGUGUUCUCCUUCUCCCAGCAGGCGCCUUCUGAGAUAGUCAGAGCGAAACUCUCCACAAGUGAAAUCGCCCAUCGAGCCCUAACCUACAUUUCCGAAGAACAACUGCAAAAUAUUCCCGAAGACGAAAAUACCUACUCCUUAUUCCAGGGAUUUCAAGCAUCUUUGCCUGAAGGUGAAUCCGAACAUCGAAAAGGUCAUCGACGGCGGAGUUCCAAGCAGCACAGGCUUUUGGGUGCUGGGGAUGUUGAAGAGGAUGGCCCUCCGUCGAUACAACACCUCAAGAAGAAGAGGAACACUGUCAACCACAGGUUGGAAAUGAUGGCCAUACGGAAAAAUAUGUGCACCACUGAGAUCCGAGACAUUGACAACAAAAUUGCCAACCUGCACAAUAUGCGCAAGCUUGCCGUCGAAAGAUUGGCCGACCUCGAAAACGACGAGGCCGAGGUUGAGCAUGAGCUGCUUGAACUUGACAACAAGAUCGAAGAGAUGCAGGAGGAGCUCGAGGAGCAAGGCGCAAUGGACCAGUCGACCAGCACCCUCAAUGCUCCCCGCGUAGCCACACCCGAAUCUGAAGCAAUGGAUGCUUCUUUCAUGUCCCAGUCCAUCUACGAAAAACUACCCUCUUCUGCGUCCCCCAAGUCGAAACGCCGGCCAAAAUAUACUAAGAGAAGAUCUAUGCCGGUGUUGCACGAGCACCUUGAACCUGGUUCACACAUCAAGACCGUUCCUGCACAUAACGACUCGAUAACCGCCAUAGAUUUUGACCAACCAUUUGGGACAAUGGUCACUGCAGCACUGGACGAUACGGUCCGUGUGUGGGACCUCAAUCUUGGCCGCUGCAUGGGCUUUUUGGAAGGUCACACUGCGUCGGUUCGUUGUCUACAGGUUGAAGACAAUAUUGUGGCAACUGGAAGCCUUGAUGCCACCAUUCGACUGUGGGAUCUGAGCCGUGCCAAGUACGAGCCAUACGAACACAAAAUCCUCGAAAACGGCGAGGAUGACAAGGGCGAUGACGACGACGGUCUCGGCUUUGGCAACGAAAACGAAGAUGCCCCCCCUCCACCACCCCCUGAUGCAAUGGAAGAAUGCCCGCUAUUUGUACUCGAGGCCCACGUCGACGAAAUCACUGCAUUACACCUUCGUGGUGAUAUGCUGGUCUCUGGAUCAGCGGACAAGACUUUACGGCAGUGGGACCUGGUAAAAGGCCGGUGUGUCCAGACGCUUGACGUAUUGUGGGCAGCAGCUCAGGCCAGCUCAACGGUAAACAGUUCAGAAACACAGUGGCGUCCGACUGGAAGAUCUGCAGAUUCCAAUGCCGACUUCGUUGGGGCUCUGCAAUGUUUCGACGCAGCGCUGGCCUGCGGUACGGCCGACGGAAUGGUCCGACUGUGGGAUCUCAGAAGCGGACAGGUCCAUAGGAGUCUGGUGGGCCAUACAGGGCCAGUGACGUGCCUUCAAUUUGACGAUACCCAUCUUGUUACGGGUAGCGUUGACAGGAGUAUCAGAAUAUGGGACCUGCGCACAGGAACUAUUUUUGAUGCAUAUGCAUACGAUGCGCCCAUCACGAGCAUGAUGUUUGAUUCCCGACACAUUGUCUGUGCGGCGGGUGAGGACGUCGUCAAGGUCUACGAUAAGGCUGAUGGCCGCCACUGGGAUUGUGGUGUUGGCGCCAACACCAGCGUCGAAGAUCGCAUGGCCGGGACCAAAACAAGCAUCGUUGAUCGUGUCAGACUGAAAGAUGGGUAUUUGGUUGAGGGAAGGAAGAAUGGAGAAGUUGGAGUCUGGAAGUGUUGA